UAGUGUAGGCUGGUCCUUCCAGGUCAACCGCUCUCACACCAGACUCACGGCGUCGGUUUGGAGGAAUGGCCACAUACGACCUAGGAUGGUAACAGACUCUGAGGCAGAAUCUAGAAACCCAAUCAAUGAAGGUUCUCCUAAACCUGAAUUCGUCGACAAGAAUGAAUAAGCAACAGAGAGGAUGGGUGCAGGUUGGAGUGAAGUGGGAGUGGAGGGUGUGCCCCUAGAACUUGUUUAUCGAGUGCUUCGCCACGUUUCCCUUCGAGAUUUGACAACACUCUCAGCGACGUGCAAAUACCUACGUACCCUUAUUGAUGAAUCUCCUCUUCUUUGGUCUCAUGUACAUACGCAGGAAUUGUGGCCUAAUGAGAAAACGUGGCACUGGUUUGAGAGAGCAGCUCAGUGUGGAAAUAUUGGGGCAAGCAUUAAGUUAGCAGUUGCAUUACUCUACAAUGAAGGAGUGGUUUUGGAUGCCAAACCUGUCGGCAAUGGUGAACUUGCUGUUACUCUGUUUGAACGCCUGGAAACUGGAGGAUCAUUGUGGCCUCGUUCACAGCUAUGGUUACUUUACCGUCCUCCAUGGGGUGCACAACCACUUUGCUGCAAGCGUUAUGUACAUACAAGAAUUUCUCACAUUGCACAGAUGACUGGUGCUUCCUGGGCAAACCGGGUUUUGAGUCGCAUCGCAGAAGUAACAGGAGAAAAUGAAAAUGUUCACGACCCAACGGCCAUCAACUGGAUCAAAGUUGCUGCCAUGGGUAAUGAUAUGCAUGCCAGGCUUCUGCAGUGGCGCUCAAGGUAUGAAAGAAGACACCUGGAGGGUUCUUUAGACCCAGGAACCGAACUUCAGGCCAGUCGAGAGCUGAGGGAGUUGUGCUUAACGGGCUACUAUCCAACAGCUCUGACUCUUGCCCAGUUCCUUGCGUCAUCAAGGCUUUCAAGCAACCAGUGCCUACCAGAAAUCAGAGAAUUUUUUCAAAAUAGCCCGCCAUCCCGAACGUGGUGUGCUCUGAACUACCAGCAGCAUGUCACGCCACACAUGCAUCAUGUGCUGGUAGACUGGUUGUGCGAGGUUACCAAUAUGAAACUGCAUGCAUCAAAAGUGAUUCAUGCUGCAACACAGAUAGUGGAAGCCUACCUGAAUGUAGAACAAGUCAAGUGCCACCAACUACAACUUGUAGGAAUUACUGCUGUGCUUCUGGCAACAAGGUUCAUACCAGGAGCGUCCAUUCUCACAAUCAGGGAAGCAUCAUGGGUGACAGACAAUACUUACUCCUACAAUCAUGUUGUAAGAACUGUUGGACAUAUAAUGGCAGCUCUGAAGGCAAAUCUUGCUUUUCCAACAAUCCUAGACUAUGCCACCGUGUUGUUAGAAAGUGUGCGAGCGCCAGAAGUUACUCAAGAAUGGACGAGGUUCCUCUGUGACUUAGCAACCACGUGUGCUUUUCCCCCAAGGACCACUCUUGCACAAAUUGCAAGUUCAUGUGUGAUGCUAGGAUAUAUAUUAUCUAGAUUACCAUGGCCAAACUUGCCUGCUGUAUCUGGUUUCACUCAACACCAGUUGCUUCAACCAGCAUUGAUUAUCUACAGUAAAAGCUUUGAUUUUAAAUGUCGACGACAAGGGAUCAUAGACCGUUACAGCAUGCCUGCCUUUAGCACUAUGCAAGUUGGGCGGAAGCCAGUGCCACUCCUUGAGGACCUUCUGGCUUCACUGGGUCUUUCAGAGGCUGACUACCUUCAUAUGGUGGUUAUGCCAUCAAGUCUUGGAGAUGAAGCAGGCUUUUCUGCCAUGGAAACUGAUGGUCUUGCAAUAGGGGCAAGGUGUAGUGGUGUUGUUUACAGAACUCAGCAGUUAGAACGUGAAGAGCAAAUCAAUCGCGUGGAUUACCAAGAAAAGCAACUACAAAAGCAGUCUGAACCCAGUUCAAGUGACAGUAUGAACAGUAGUAUCUGCGACAGAAACAGCAGGACUGUUGAAGCGAGAGCAGGUGGGGCCCAGGCAAUUAGUGACAUAAAACCAAGUGCUCAUGAGAGACCUGACGAUUCCAGGAUGGAUUUUAGUGAUAGUGAAAUGGCUCAGGAAUCACCAGAUUUCGAACCACCAAACCCUAAAGAUGUGUCGUGCAUGAGGGUAGAAAGCCGUAAUGGUGCAGCUGGAGAGAGUUUAACAAGGAGACAUUAUCAGUUGUCUGAGGGUGGCACAGAAGGUGUUUGUGCAUUAAAUCAGGAACAGGCUAGUUGCAAUCUAAGGAAUCCAGGAGGCAUACAAGAAGUCAAUCUGAUGCCAAGUGAAGACAUGCUUGAAACACUAAGUGAGACUACCAGUAGUGAGGAAAGUUCAGAUUUGCUUUCUCAGACUUGUGAGGACGGUGAGACCAACUAUACUAGAGUAAGUCUGAAAAGAAAAUUAGAAAAUGCAUCAACAACAGAGAGGCCAGAAAAAUGCCUAAUAUUAGAUGUGGAUAAUCUACAGUUAGACUAAAUAUACUUCAGGCAUUAAACGAGUUGGAGUAAUUUGUUACCAGGUGAGGAUAUUUUCCAGAAAUAUGCGUCUUCCAGACUGUGUAUACAAGUUAACUCAUUAAUUUAUUGUAAGGAUUGUUUUGUGCAUAGUGUACAUUUUUUGUUUAUUUCUACUUUUUGUAAGUAAUUGUAAGUGAUAUUGUAUAAGAGGAUGUGUGUAUCCUUUCAGAUAUUUUUUAAUUCCAAGUUAUUUUAAUUCCAUUUUGGGCAUUACGGUCGUAUAUGAUUUUGACUUCUUUUGAAAAAUACGUUUCCUCAUUAAAAGGGGAAAAUGUUCAUUUGAUCACAGUCAAAUAUCAAUUAUUCAGAUAUUUUUUGAGGACCAGCAUAACUGUGGAGUUACUGUAAGUUGUGUGAGGGUGUGUCACUUUGUAUGGUCCCUUUGAUUGUAUCAAGUUUAGAGUAUUUAGUGUUACGCUAACUUGCACAUUAUUAUGGUGUAAUUAAUCAUUUAAAGUCCAGAUUUUAAGUGAUGCACAGUGAUUUCGAGGCACUGAGAAGACAUUACAGAAAUUCUCGGCAAUGACUCGGAAAGCUCCUUUGAAUGUCAAGGAUGUUGAAUAAGAUGGCAAUCACAGUACCCCCCUCCCUCAUUAUAUGCUGCUUGUUUACUUUAUUUGCAGGAAGUAGAUAUGCAAAACAUUUGUCUUAACAUUACCAAUGAUUAAGGGGCAGUUUUAGCAGAUUUUUUGAAGACGGAUUACUCUUUCCAUAUAUAGAAUGUGCAAUUCCUUUCUGUGCAGUCACAUUUCUGCAACUCAUGAUUUUAUGUGAUACAGUACCAAAGGCUUCUGGAUAUGCAGUGCUCUUCUCAGGUAAAACACAAUAUAGCUACAACCCUGACCUUUGAGCAUUUUAAUUUUCCCUACAACCUCAUUAAGUAACUUUCACAUUUUAUAAUUUUACAGAGAAGUAAAAA